GUCCCCGGAGCGCCUCCCGGUGCCCCCCCCGGCGCGGCAUCCUCCCGGAGUGCCCCCGGGAGCGCACGGCCGAGCCCCGCCGCCAGCCCGGGCCCGAGCGAUCCCGGUGACCCCCGCCCCGGGCCGGCAGCAUGCCCCGCGGGCGAGCCUGGACGCAGGCGGAGGUCAGCAGCCUCCUGUCGCUGGUGCGGCGCUCGGGGGAGGCCGCGCUGCUCAUGGCCUCCACGUCGCGACCCAACGAGGCGCUCUGGCGGGAGAUCUGCCGGGGACUGGCGACGGCCGGCUACGGGCGCACCGUGGCCCAGUGCCGCUCCAAGUGGAAGGCGCUCAAGCAGGCUUUCCACUCGGAGCGGGAGACGCGCCAGAGGGCAGGACACCACUCGUCCCGGCCGCCGCCGCACUACCGAGUCAUGAAGAGCAUCUGGAAGGCUGCCGGGCGGCCCGUCUUUGGCGAACGGAGGAUGCCAGAUGUGGUGAAGCUGCCCUCCAGAAGGCACAGGUCAGCCCUUGCCACAUGCUCUCCAUCUUCACCAGAGCCACCAGAGCACGACGUUGACGGGGACAGCUCCAGCACACUGCUGUCACCGAUGCUGCUGUGUGCGAAGGACGAGCCAGAGAGUCCAGCUGGUGGGGAACACAUUGCUGGAGUGCCACCCACAACCUCUGCCAUGCCACACACCAGUUGCUGCGUCUCUCCCCUCUCCCUCCUGGGCUGUCACACUGACCUGAAGCAAGAAGGAGCUGAGGGAAAGGCCAAUUUUCCUGGUGAGACAUCCCUGGGGACGGGAGGAGGAAACCAAGUGCUGCCACUGGCUGCUGCAGCCACAGGCUCCCACGGGACAGCAGCCAUGAGUGAGCAGCCAGCAGCAGGUGAAGAUGCAUCAGAUGCAAGUCUGCAUGGGUCUGGCGUGGCAGGCUUGCUCCAGAAUGUCCAGCAACUGCUGGUGCAGAUCCUGCAGACAUCGCGGCAGCAGCAGGCACUACUGGAGAGCCUGGCCAGUGACACCGUCUCCCACCUCCACAUCCUCUCCCACAGCCUCGUGCAGGUGGGCGAGACCCUGCACCAACUCCUUCUCCGGCCACAGACCCAUCCUGGCCCCCUUGGCCACUAUGUCCCCCACGUGCCCCUUUUCGAGGAUGGCUCCAGAGUGCCCUGCUCCCCUGGUACUCCUCACACUUCCUCGGAUCACAAGGAGGAGCCUCAGCUGUCUUCUGAUGCCAGGUGCAUCUCCCCCUGAGUAGCACCAUCGCUGGCCCCAGGAGCAACAGCUUUGGUACAGAGCCAUGGCACAAAUCUUUAUAUCAGAGGUUCCAGAUAUUUUGAAAGUUUAUACUAGAGAGACAUUUAAUAAAAUUAAAAAUAGCUUUUCUAUCA